AUGUUUGGUUUGAGACGGUGCUGUUUUGGUGGUGGUAAUGCUGUGCUGGUGGCGAGAGGAAGACUGCUGAGAACCGCUGGCCCAAUUGGAAUCAGAAGUUAUGGCUGGAACCCAUUUGUAAAGAGAUCCAAGGUGGUGAUUGACGAAUCAGAACAGAACUCUCCUGAGACCAAAGAGGUGGUGCUGAGAGCUAAGCAAGAAUUGAGACAGCAGUUGCAACAGGACCAACUACGCUCGUUGCUGCUGGACCUCGUGGAUUCACCCCCAAAUAAGGACUCUUUCAUCUUGAUUAAUGAGAUUCUAAGGAAACUAGAACAUGAUCAAUUCAAAUCUAAAACACCAAUAAACAGUCAAUCUACACCCGCAAUCUCAACAGAUGACGCUUAUAGAUUAUUCAAAAUAGUUAUAGACCAUAUCAACACAACAAAUUUCAAAGCUGCAAGAUUCAUUCCAAGAUUAUAUCUACAAUUAAUUCAAGUGGCUCAAAUUGAACAAAAUAAAUUGUUAUCAUUACAAGUUUUCAAUGACUUCACAAGAUAUUUAAUCACUUUAGGUUAUGAAGAUCAAUUAUUGAAGAUUACAAACUCUUUCAUCUCUGAAAAUCCAACAUUAAGUGACGCUGCAUUAGAUGGAAUCCUAAACACUUUGAAAAACCAUCACCCAACACCUUCAUUAACCCUAGGUUUAUCUGAAUUAUUUCAAAAUGAUAAUCAAUUCAAAAAAAUUAAUCAACUUGUUAUACAAUCCAUUGAUUAUUACCUUUCCAAAAGAAACAAACUAUACUCAAUUGAUCAACAUAAUCUUGAUUCAAUUCAACAAUAUAUUGAAAAAUCUUUGGAAACCAAUACAGAUUUUGAAAACUUCCAUCAUUUACUGAAAUUUUGCCAAAAAACUGAAUCUUUAACAAAUCAAGAAACUUUGAUCCUAACUAAAUCAAUCAAUUAUUUAUUAAACAAUAAAGAUUAUAUCUGUGAAGAUUAUCAGAUUUUGAACAUUUUCAUUGAUUCAUUCAUUCAAAAUAAUGUUAUAUCAUACCAAGAACGGAAAAUUGCUGGUGAAAUCAUGUUGAAAUCUUUCAAAAAAACUAAUGAAAAUUUCGAACUAUCCAAAAAUGUUUUCGAUUUAUUUGUUAAAUGGGAUGUUUUCCAAAAUACUUCAUUAACAAAAUCAACUGAAAAUUUUAUACUAGAUCAUCAAGAUUUUGUUGAUAAUAUCACUUUUAAAGGAACUAUAAAAUCAAUGUCAUUUUCCCCAAUGAAUAAUUUCAAUGAUUCAAUUGCAUCAAUUUAUGAAUUUUUCCAGACUAAUUUCCCAAAUCUUGAUAAAACAAUUGAUAUUUAUUCAUUAUUAUUACAAAGAGGUAUUCGAUUAAAUGAUUCCAAAUUUUUAACUCAAACAUUCAUAGAAAGUCUAAAUGAUGGUAUUUUAUGGGAAUCAAACCCUAAAAUUCUUUAUGAUUUCAUAUACACUUUAGCAAUCCAACCUAAUGCAAAUGUUAAACAAGUUUUCCAUUGGUAUGAAAAAAUUAAAAUAUCUGUUAAACAUUUAGAUUCAAAAUCUUAUAAUUCUUUAAUGACAUUAUUUUUACAAAAUGAAUUAAUUGGUGAUGCAAUUGAAUCUUUAAAAAGAGAAUUACCACCAUUAUUAGAUAAAGAUACCAAGUAUAGUGUUGAUCAAUAUCCUGAAUUAUUUCAAUCAAUGUAUGAUUGGAUCUUGGAAUUUAAUGGAGAUCCAGAAGUUUCAUGGACUCUUUAUUGUGAAUUACAAAAAUAUUUCCAUGUCCCAUUUGAUACUUAUUUCCCAUUAAUGCAAAAAUUUGCAAAUUUGAAAAGACCAGACGCUUCAUUUAUGAUUUUCCAAAAAUUGAAAAAAAUUCAUAGAACAACAGGUUCAAUCCCUCCACCAACUCCAGAAAUGUAUUGUUUCUUAUUCAACACUUUUGGUAAAGAGUUAUAUGAAGAUGGUGUUAAAAAUUUACAUAUCAUUAUGAAAUUAGAUUUACAAUUAAACACUGAUAUUGAUGUUAUGAAUUCUUUAUUAGGUGCUUAUUGUAAUUUACAAGAAUAUUUUAGAACUCAAGAAAUUUUUGAUUCAAUUAUAUCAAUGCCCAAGGGGAAAGGUUUAAAUAAUGAAACAAUUUCAAUAAUGUUAAAAUCUUAUACUUACGUUUCAUUAAGUCAUGUUAAAUCAUUUUGGGAUAAUAUUUAUGAAUAUGACAUCUUACCAAAUGAAGAUAAUUUUAAACAAUACAUUAUUGCACAUUGUUAUCAUGAACAAUAUGAUAUGGCUUUACAAAUAACUAUGGAUUUGGAAAAAGAUUUUGAUUUAUUAAUUACUCCAAAUAUUUUGAAAAGUCUUUAUAAUUGGACUCAAGGUGAAGAAAAUAAAUUGAAAAUUGCAAAAUGGGCUUCAAAAGAACAUAAAUUAAUUUGGAAUAAUAUCGAAAAAAAACAAGGUUUAGUUGAGAAACCACAUACAGAAUCAAGUCAUAGUAAUUCUGAUGUUCGUGAAAUUGAAACAAAAUUGAUUCAUGAGAGUGCAAUUUGA